AUGCAAUGCUACACGGAGCUGACACCUCCUACAGCUGUCACACAUUCCUUGACUCUUCCGUUCUUGUCCGCAGAUGCUAGAAACCUCAUCGUCGCAAAAUCCUCAGUUAAUAACGAUGAUGGAGUAGAGGAUUCUUUUCUCGGCACAGAUUCGAUUAUACAACGACCAGAAUUAGCUCGAACAACGAAACUCGUACUUAUAGCUGAAUAUAACUUAUCUGGAACGGUCACAUCUCUUGUCCGAGUCAAGACUAUAUCCUCAAAAACUGGGGGUGAAGCACUUUUAGUGGGAUUCAAGGAUGCAAAGCUCAGUUUGGUGGAAUGGGACCCAGAACGGCCCGGCAUAUCAACAAUAUCAGUCCAUUUUUAUGAACAAGACGAACUGCAAGGAAGUCCAUGGGCACCAAGUCUUUCAGACUGCGUCAAUUACCUUACUGUCGAUCCAGGAAGUAGGUGUGCUGCAUUGAAAUUCGGAGCGCGGAACCUUGCGAUUCUGCCAUUUAAACAAGACGAAGAUGUCAAUAUGGACGAUUGGGAUGAGGAGUUAGAUGGCCCUCGCCCUGCGAAGAUUUCACAAAAGACUGCAGCGGAAGAUGGAAAGUUAGAUACACCAUAUGGGUCCUCUUUUGUUCUACGAUUGUCUUCACUCGAUCCCAACAUCAUCUUUCCAAUCCACCUUGAAUUUCUGUAUGAAUAUAGAGAGCCAACUUUUGGAAUUCUCUCAUCUACCAUGGCUCCAUCCUCGGCUUUACUGCAAGAGCGUAGAGACCACUUGACUUAUAUGGUUUUCACCUUGGAUAUACAUCAAAAAGCGUCUACCACCAUUCUUUCCGUUGGAGGUUUGCCUUACGACCUCUUCAGAAUCGUCCCACUAGCUCCACCUGUGGGCGGAGCUCUUCUAGUUGGUACUAAUGAGUUGAUACAUAUCGAUCAAGCUGGUAAAGCUAACGGUGUUGCUGUCAACAUGUUUGCAAAGCAAUGUACUGGCUUCAGUCUUUUGGACCAGUCUGAUCUUGACCUUCGGUUAGAAGGUUGCAAAAUUGACCAACUAUCUAUCGAAAAUGGAGAGAUGCUCAUUAUACUACAUAGUGGCGAUAUUGCUAUCCUGAGCUUUCGUAUGGAUGGAAGGUCAGUCUCUGGCCUAAGCAUUCGCCGAGUAAGUGCAGAUUCAGGAGGCGCCAUAUUGACUGGAGCUGCGUCAUGUGUAAGUUCUCUUGGCGCAGGAUCAUUGUUCGUUGGAAGUGAGGUAUCAGAUUCUGUCAUUCUAGGCUGGAGUAGGAAGUCGGGACCGACUUCACGUCGGAAGUCAAGGCUUGACAGUUCAGCAAUAGCAGAAGUUGAUGAGGCCAUGCUUGAUGAUGAAGAUUUAGAAGAUGAUGACGAUGAUCUGUACGGCGAUGGACCCACAAUCACUCAUGCUACUGCAAAUAUCACUGCAUCAAACAGUAAAACGGGUGACUACACGUUUCGUAUACAUGAUUCCAUGGUCAAUAUAGCUCCCAUCACAAACAUCGCGUUCGGAGAAACCGCAUUGAGUUUGGGUAAGGAAGAAGAGCUAAAACUUAGCGGUGUUCAGAGCGAACUUCAGCUUGUAGCUGCUGUCGGUCGUGAAAAGGGAGGCUCCUUGGCAGUCAUUAAUCGUGAAAUCCAGCCAAAUGUUAUAGGCCGAUUCGAGUUACCAGAAGCUCGUGGUAUAUGGACUAUGAGCGCAAAGAGACCGGCACCGAAAGGAUUGCAAGUCAAUAAGGAGAAAUCUGUCACUAGCGGUGACUAUGGCGUCGACGCUCAAUAUGAUAGACUAAUGAUAGUUUCCAAAGCAUCUGAUGCCGAAGAUGCUAUUGACGAAUCUGCUGUAUAUGCGUUAACGGAUGCCGGUUUUGAAGCUUUAACAGGGACAGAAUUCGAACCAGCCGCUGGAUCCACGAUCGAAGCUGGUACACUUGGCAAUGGCAUGCGUGUUGUUCAAAUUCUAAAGUCUGAAGUGAGAAGUUAUGACGGUGAUCUUGGUCUUGCACAAAUAUUGCCGAUGCUCGAUGAUGAGACGGGAGCAGAACCGAAGAUCAUCAGUGCAAGCUUCGCAGAUCCAUUUCUCCUGCUAAUUAGAGACGAUGCGAGCAUUUUUGUUGCACAAUGUGACGACGACAAUGAUCUCGAAGAGAUAGAAAGAGUUGACGAUGUUUUGCUUUCUACGAAAUGGCUGACUGGCUGUUUGUACGAUGACUACAGCGGAGCUUUCUCCGACGGCAAAUCGAACAAGGCAGGGGAAAAUGUCAAGAUGUUUUUACUUAGUGCGGGUGGAGCAUUGCACAUUUACGCACUGCCUGAUCUUUCUAAGCCAAUUUAUGUCGCGGAAGGAAUAUGUUUUGUUCCCCCUGUGCUUUCAGCAGAUUACGCAGCUAGGAAAUCGGCAGCUCGGGAAACCUUGACAGAGAUAUUGGUAGCCAACCUAGGAGAUUCUGUUUCUCAAUCCCCUUAUCUUAUUCUCCGACCCUCAAAUGAUGAUCUUACCAUCUAUGAACCGUUCCGCAUAAAGUCUGCGUCUCCGAAUCUUCUCUCCUCUACACUUCAAUUUCUGAAAAUACAGAACACACAUCUGACACAAGCUCCUGAUGUGUCUGCUGAAGAGCAGGCCGAUGGAGCUCAACAGACCAGCGAUAAGCCGAUGCGAGCUAUCUCAAAUCUCGGUGGAUACAGUACUGUCUUUGUGCCAGGCGGAUCUCCAAGUUUCAUCAUCAAGAGCUCUAAAACAGUACCCAAAGUUCUCAGCCUGCAAGGAACAGGGGUUCGCAGUCUUAGUAGUUUCCAUACCGAAGGUUGCGACAGAGGAUUCAUCUAUGCCGACACAGAAGGAGUCGCCCGCGUAGCACAAUUCCCACCAAAUACCACGUUUGCCGAUAUUGGAAUGGCCCUGCGAAAGAUUGAGAUAGGUGAAGAUGUUCACGCUGUGGCAUAUCAUUCACCGCUGCAAACAUAUGUUAUAGGUACUAGCAUUUUCACAGACUUUGAAUUGCCCAAAGAUGAUGACCACCGCAAAACUUGGCAAGAGGAAAACAUUGCCCUGAAGCCAUCGAUCGAGAAAAGCUUCCUUAAAUUAAUCAGCCCUGUCAACUGGUCCGUCAUUGAUACCAUUGAACUUGAACCCUGCGAACUCAUAACCUGCAUAAAAACCAUGAAUCUGGUGACAUCAGAAGUCACCAACGAGCGCAAACACUUGAUUGCUGUAGGAACAGCUAUAACCAAAGGAGAAGAUCUCGCAACCACUGGCCGCCUCUACGUUUAUGAUGUUGUCACCGUUGUUCCAGAACCAGACAGACCCGAGACAAACAAAAAAUUAAAAUUGAUCUCUUCUGAAAUCAUUACUCGUGGUGCUGGUGGUCCCGUAACUGGUCUUUCCGAAAUUGGAACUCAGGGCUUCAUGCUUGUUGCGCAGGGUCAAAAAUGUAUGGUCAGAGGUCUCAAGGAGGAUGGCACAAACUUGCCAGUCGCAUUCAUGGAUAUGAAUUGCUAUGUUACGUCUGUCAAGGAAUUACCUGGUACAGGCCUGUGCGUAAUGGCGGACGCUUUGAAAGGUGUUUGGUUUGCAGGAUAUACGGAAGAACCGUAUAGGAUGCUACUCUUUGGAAAGAGUGCUGCGAAGAUGGAAGUAUUAUGUGCAGACUUAUUACCAGAUGGAAAAGAUCUGUUCAUUGUGGCUGCAGAUGCUGAUGGGAACUUGCAUAUUAUGCAAUAUGAUCCUGAACAUCCCAAAUCUCUCCAAGGCCACCUCCUCCUUCACCGCACCACCUUCUCCCUCGGUGCCCACCACCCCACAACCAUGUCCCUUCUCCCCACCACCCGAUCCCUACCCCCAUUAACCACCGCCCCCUCUCCAUCUCCUAGUCCCUCACCUCAAGAAGAUGCCCCCUCCCCUUCUCAGCCCCUCCUUCUCACUUCUCGUACCGGUACCCUCGCUCUUCUCUCCCCUCUAACAGAAUCCCAAUACCGACGUUUUGGCACCCUCGUCUCACAUCUUACAAACACACUUUAUCAUCCCUGCGGUCUCAAUCCCAGAGCAUACCGAAUAGACAGAGAUGCAAAUGAGGGGAUUGUAGGAGGAAGAACGAUUAUUGAUGGAGGAGUGCUAGGAAGAUGGAUGGAACUUGGGAGUCAGAGGAGAGGAGAAGUGGCAGGAAGAGUCGGAGUUGAUGUUUUGGAGUUGAGGGAUGAGUUGAGUGGAUUACGUGGAGGCUUGGGCUUUAUCUAG